AUGGCCCCCCAUCCCAUCGAUUCCCGCUGCUGUGGCCCCCAAAUCCCAUCUUAUCCUCGCUGCUGUGGCCCCCCAUCCCAUCGUAUCCUCGCUGCUGUGGCCCCCCAUCCCAUCGUAUCCUCGCUGCUGUGGCCCCCCAUCCCAUCGUAUCCUCGCUGCUGUGGCCCCCCAUCCCAUCGUAUCCUCGCUGCUGUGGCCCCCAAAUCCCAUCGUAUCCCCGCUGCUGUGGCCCACCCAUCCCAUCGUAUCCUCGCUGCUGUGGCCCCCCAUGCCAUCGUAUCCUCGCUGCUGUGGCCCCUCAACCCAUCGUAUCCCCGCUGCUGUGGCCCCACCAUCCCAAUCCCCCAAAUCCCAUCUUAUCCCCACUUCAGUGGCCCCCCAUCCCAUCGUAUCCUCGCUGCUGUGGCCCCUCAACCCAUCGUAUCCUCGCUGCUGUGGCCCCCCAUCCCAUCGUAUCCUCGCUGCUGUGGCCCCCCAUCCCAUCGUAUCCUCGCUGCUGUGGCCCCCAAAUCCCAUUUUAUCCUCGCUUCUGUGGCCCCUCCAUCCCAUCGUAUCCUCGCUGCUGUAGCCCCCAAAUCCCAUCUUAUCCCCACUUCAGUGGCCCCCCAUCCCAUCGUAUCCUCGCUGCUGUGGCCCCUCAACCCAUCGUAUCCUCGCUGCUGUGGCCCCCCAUCCCAUCGUAUCCUCGCUGCUGUGGCCCCCCAUCCCAUCGUAUCCUCGCUGCUGUGGCCCCCCAUCCCAUCGUAUCCUCGCUGCUGUGGCCCCCCAUCCCAUCGUAUCCUCGCUGCUGUGGCCCCCCAUCCCAUCGUAUCCCCGCUGCUGUGGCCCCCCAUCCCAUCGUAUCCUUGCUGCUGUGGCCCCCCAUCCCAUCGUAUCCUUGCUGCUGUGGCCCCCCAUCCCAUCGUAUCCUCGCUGCUGUGGCCCCCAAAUCCCAUCUUAUCUUCGCUGCUGUGGCCCCCCAUCCCAUUGUAUCCUCGCUGCUGUGGCCCCGCAUCCCAUCGUAUCCCCGCUGCUGUGGCCCCCCAUCCCAUCGUAUCCUCGCUGCUGUGGCCCCCCCAUCCCAUCGUAUCCUCGCCGCUGUGGACCCCCAUCCCAUCGUAUCCUCGCUGCUGUGGCCCCUCAACCCAUCGGAUCCCCGCUGCUGUGGCCCCCCAUGCCAUCGUAUCCUCGCUGCUGUGGCCCCUCAACCCAUCGUAUCCCCGCUGCUGUGGCCCCCCGUCCCAUCGUAUCCUCGCUGCUGUGGCCCCCAAAUCCCAUCUUAUCCUCGCUUCUGUGGCCCCUCCAUCCCAUCGUAUCCUCGCUGCUGUAGCCCCCAAAUCCCAUCUUAUCCCCACUUCAGUGGCCCCCAAAUCCCAUCUUUUCCUCGCUGCUGUGGCCCCCAAAUCCCAUCUUUUCCUCGCUGCUGUGGCCCCCCAUCCCAUCAUAUCCUCGCUGCUGUGGCCCCCCAUCCCAUCUGGCCCCCCAUCCCAUCGUAUCCUCGCUGCUGUGGCCCCUCAACCCAUCGUAUCCCCGCUGCUGUGGCCCCCCAUCCCAUCGUAUCCUCGCUGCUGUGGCCCCCAAAUCCCAUCUUAUCUUCGAUGCUGUGGCCCCCCAUCCCAUCGUAUCCUCGCUGCUGUGGCCCCGCAUCCCAUCGUAUCCCCGCUGCUGUGGCCCCCCAUCCCAUCGUAUACCCGCUGCUGUGGCCCCCCAUCCCAUCGUAUCCUCGCUGCUGUGGCCCCCAAAUCCCAUCUUAUCUUCGCUGCUGUGAUCCCCCAUCCCAUCGUAUCCUCGCUGCUGUGGCCCCCCAUCCCAUCGUAUCCCCGCUGCUGUGGCCCCUCCAUCCCAUCUGGCCCCCCAUCCCAUCGUAUCCCCACUUCAGUGGCCCCCCAUCCCAUCGUAUCCUCGCUGCUGUGGCCCCUCAACCCAUCGUAUCCCCGCUGCUGUGGCCCCCCAUCCCAUCGUAUCCUCGCUGCUGUGGCCCCCAAAUCCCAUCUUAUCUUCGCUGCUGUGGCCCCCCAUCCCAUCGUAUCCUCGCUGCUGUGGCCCCGCAUCCCAUCGUAUCCCCGCUGCUGUGGCCCCCCAUCCCAUCGUAUCCCCGCUGCUGUGGCCCCCCAUCCCAUCGUAUCCUCGCUGCUGUGGCCCCCAAAUCCCAUCUUAUCUUCGCUGCUGUGA